AGUACAAGUUUUCCUUAUGAUUCUUGGACUUUUGGCCAGAGUUGCCCUUCUGGUCGACUUUAUCCAGAAUGACCAGACGCGCAUCCUCGAUUUGGUGCCGACUUUCGGUGCGGUUUCCGGGUUCAGGAUAAGCUCUGAAAGAAGCCUUGGACCGGGCCAGUUCCACAUCGCAGCGAAAAGAAGAAACAAAUUACAGGAGGAAGAACAGGACACAGCCAUAAGCAGCGAAGACCUCGAAAAGCUGCACAAUGGAUACAAAACGAAGCUGAAGGACCUGGAAGACUACAUUGAGAAUGAGUUGACAAAGAUUGGAAUCCACAGGGCAACACCAAAGUUGAUUGACCAUAUAAAGGUAGACAUACCAAAGGGGAAGAAAGAACUCAAGCAUAUCGCAAGAAUCGUGACAAACGGGAACUUUGAGCUACAAGUGCAACCCUUUUCUGAGACGUAUUUGAAUCCCAUAUUUUGCGCACUCAGUCUCGAACUAAAGGACUACAAGGUCAAACUUUUAAUAGAUCAUGUAUCCGUCACAAUUCCAACGCUGGGUCCGGAAGUCCAGAAUCAGGCAGAGGCGACAAUAAAGAAGCAUGCAAAUGAUAUGAAAACAGAUAUAAGGAUCAUUAGACAGAAUGCCAUGAAAGCUCUCAAGGCUCUGGAAUCUGGACUGAGCGAUGACAUGAAGUUUACCCAAAAGAAUUUAAUUGAGAACAAUUGCAAGGUUUCGUCUGAAAAAAUCGAAAAGAUGUGCAAUAACAAGAUAAAACAGCUGAAUUCGCUAUAGGUGCUGAAUCCCGUUUCUAUGCAACUAUCAUACUUUUGAUAAUUUGUAA